GAGUUGAAGUCCAGGAUCGGGUGGCGUUCUGGCAGAGGCAGCGAGCUCUGCGACCCUGCGAAGUGAGAGUGCGGCCACUCCCUGCCCGGGUCCCCGCCCUAGUCGGGGACGCGCCUUGACUUGCCUGGGCAUCCUUUGCAAGCGACCUGCGAUCCCUGCACCUGACGGUCACUACCCUGAACCAGCACCACCCCAAUCUGCACUCGGCCGAGGGUCACACUUAAUCCCUGUACAUAGAUUAAGACCUGUAGACCGAGCCCGGGACCCCUUUACUUCUUGCCUAAAAGCUUGAGGAGACCAUCUGCCUAGGUUCCUACUGCGGAUGGAUGGGGCAGAAGGUAACACAGGGCAGCCUGGCCCUGCGGAGCGGUCCCAUCGAAGCAGCGUUUCCUCCGUGGGAGCCCGAGCUGAUGUGCUGGUGUACCUGGCUGAUGACUCAGUGGUGCCACUGGCUGUGGAGAACCUGCCCUCCAUUAGUGCCCAUGAGCUGCACCGUACACUCCAUGAAGUCCUACAGCUCCCAGAUGUGGCCCUGGAGGCCUUUGCACUCUGGCUUGUCUCCCCUCUUCUAGAGGUGCAGUUGAAACCCAAGCACCAGCCCUACAAGCUGGGCCGCCAGUGGCCAGAGCUGCUGCUGCGCUUCACCGAUGCCUCCGAUGAUGAAGUGGCCAUGGAUGAGCCUUCCCUUCAGUUCCGAAGGAAUGUGUUCUUCCCAAAGCGCCGAGAACUCCAGAUCCAUGAUGAGGAGGUCUUGCGGCUGUUCUAUGAGGAAGCCAAGGGCAAUGUGCUGACUGCUCGAUACCCUUGUGACCUGGAGGACUGUGAGGUGCUGGGCGCCCUGGUGUGUCGUGUGCAGCUUGGCCCUUACCAGCCUGGCCAGCCUGUUGCCUGCACUCUGAGGGAGAAGUUGGACUCCUUCCUCCCUGCCCACCUAUGCAAACGAGGCCAUGGCCUCUUUGCUGCCUUUCGGGGCCGUGGGGCCAAGACUGGAUCAGGUGAGCAAGGUCUGUUGAAUGCCUACCGCCAGGUAAAGGAAGCCACAGGCCAUAACAAUGAGCAUGAGACCACCUUGGGCUCCCACUAUCGCGCCUACCUCCUCAAGUGCCAUGAGCUGCCCUUCUAUGGGUGUGCCUUCUUCCAUGGUGAAGUCGACAAGCCAGCCCAGGGCUUCUUGCAUCGGGGCGGGCGCAAACCAGUGACCGUGGCCAUCAGUCUGGAAGGUGUACAUGUCAUCGACAGCAGGGAGAAGCAUGUGCUGCUGGGCCUGCGCUUUCAGGAGCUGUCUUGGGACCACACUUCCCCUGAAGAGGAGGAGCCUGUCCUGUGGCUAGAGUUUGAUGGUGACAGUGAGGGCACGCCUGUCAACAAGUUACUGAGGAUCUACUCCAAGCAGGCUGAGCUGAUGAGUGGCCUUAUUGAAUAUUGCAUUGAGCUGAGCCAGGCUGCUGAGCCCAGUCUGCCCCAGGAGAGCACGUCUGGCCCUCAGGAAGCUCCCAGCCCCUCUCCACCUCCCACUCAGCGCCCCAAGCUUCGGAGGCAGGGUAGUGUGGUGUGUAGCCGGAUUCAGCAUCUCUCCACCAUUGAUUAUGUGGAAGACGGCAAGGGAAUCAAGCGGGUGAAACCCAAGCGCACCACGUCCUUCUUCAGCCGGCAGCUCUCCUCCAGCCAGGGCAGCUACACCGUGGUACAGCCCGCUGACGACAGCCUAGAACAGAGCUGAGGGAAGCCAUGCCUAACGUCAGGUGCCCCAGUCACUUUAGUCCCAGAGGCUGUGAGCCUAGGGCUGUGCUGUGCAGGGUCUGCUGGAAAAGUGAUGUCCAAGCCUGCCCUGACCCCAACUGGGAAGAGCUGGCCUGCAGCCCUUUCCACAGCCUGCUCUUCCUGAACUCCAGGCCCAGCAGCUGACUGAGACCCCAGCUGCCCCUCUGCUCAUCCCCAAGUGGACUGUGUCUUCUCUCUGAAGGGACUGCUGGCGGUUCCAAUGGCAGGUGACUGAAGUCAGAGCUCAGGACCUGCAAGUUCAGUGUUUGCCUUUGGUCUCUGGGACCUUGGUGACCUUAUCUUCUAUUCCUUCUGCUGACAUUCCACCCACACCGCCAGGACAGACUGCCACCUUCUCUCCUAGGGUGUGCCAGACUGGAGGGAGUCUCUUCAUGCAGAGACUGAGCAGUCUAGCUGCCUUGCUGUAGCCUGUGUUGUCAGUCUCUGUGCUGAAUGGUGGCUGUCCUAGGAACUGGCUCCACACUCCACACAGGAAAAGCCCUCCUCUCAAGCCCUUACACCUCCCUGGGCUUGAAUGGCUCUGUCACAUACCUGCCAGUCCCAUUGUUUUCCUGUGAUCUGGGUCUCAGGGUUUAGAUUUUCAUCUUGUCUCAUCUGCUUUGAGUGGUUAUAGCCUAGGACCUGGGACUCGCUCGAUACUUUUGCUAGCCUUAGCCCUGCACUGGGCUUCCCUGAGGCCAACCACACUAACUCAAGCCUUCUCUCCUAAGGGUAUUAUAAAGGAGGUCCAGCUCUGGCCCCCUGGCAGCAGUGACUGCUCUAGAGAGGAGUGCUUUCCAGGCCCUCAGGUCCCUCCAUGGUUUGCACACAGCUCUUAGUACUUCCUGGGAAUUCCCAUGGGGUCCCAGAGACACAGAGCUUAGCUUUGUCUUCACAGUGGAAAGCCACAGGCAUGCAAAGUCUCACAUUUCUCCUAGUGAAAGCAGCUUGCCUGCCCAGGGAGGUCUCGGCAGCAGAGAGAAAGAAAAGGCUGGCUUCACUCUUGGAAUGUCUGUCUAUAGGGUGAUGUCACCUGCCAUUUGUCAAUCCUUUUGGAGUCAUAUGCCUUCCCAGAGCUUCCAGCCCACUCUCUUGGUGAUAGCCUUGGUCAUUUCCACUGCUGUUGAUGGCUCCAAGGCCAAGACAUGUGUGUUUAUGUGAGUACGCAAACUAUGCAUUUCCAUUAAGCUUCACUUGUGCCUUAACCCUCCGGGACAGAGCACUGUGAGUAAGUGUCCCAAGUGUCCUCAGUCUUUCCUGUCACUUGACUUAUUAAUAAAAUCAGUGCCUACCACACUUA